AUGAACGAAAUGAAAGAUGAAAACUUUAAAAGUGCUUCGAAGACAAAGUAUCCGCAAUCAAUAAUGAUGGAUAUGUCGAGAUCAUAUAUGAAUAGGCAAGAUAGGAUAAACGCACUAAAUUUAUAUAUUCAAAAAUCAUCAUAUAAUCCUCAAUUUAUUCAAGAAGAAGAGGAAGAAGAUGAUGAAACAGAAAGUGAAACAUUUGGAGAUAUAUUAUUUAAGAUAUUCACAAUUAUAUUUCCUAACUUGUCACCAUGGAUAUGGUUUCUUAUGCAUUUUAUAAUGAAUUUGGUUAUAGUGUGUAUAAGUUUAAGUUCUUUAUCUGAACCUAAUAUAACUGAUCAGAUAUUAGACCCAAAAUAUAAUAGAGAUUUUAUAUUUGGUAGUAUAUAUUCUUGUUUUAUUAUAUUAUUUGUUAAUAUAGCAUCUUUUUCAAUAAUUAUGAUAAUUCAUGCUAUUAUUCAAAAAGUAAUUAUAGAAAAAUUAUUACAGCCUAGUGCAUUAUGUUCCGCUUUUUAUAAUACAGUUGAUCCAGAAAUCGUUUAUUUAUUUUGGUCAGCUAUUCAAAUAAUAUAUUGGCGUAGUAAUAUGAUAUUAAAAAGUGGAACAAACGAAAAUGGAAAUUAUUAUAUAUUACGAAUUUUUGGAUAUAAAGAUAUUGAUAACCCUUUUAUGUUUUUAAGUACAAUACAUUGGUAUAUAACAUUUCCAUUAUUAUUAUAUAUAGUAUUUGCUGCCCGUUCAUUAUUUUUAUCUAUAAUAUCCUUUACAUUUGAACUCGGUUUUUUGAUGAAUGCUCAUGAUUUAUUAGAAAGAUAUUUAAGAAAAUAUGGUAUAUUGCGUCGAUUUAAUAUUGAAUGGUUUAUGUUUAUAGCUGACAAACAAGAAAAUAUUCGAUCUCUGUUUGGACAUGAAUUAUAUCAAGAUGAAAAAGUAAUAAGACAGUUAGAAACAAAUGAUAUGAGUAAACAAUUUAUUCAAGAUAAAGCAGAAUUAUUAUUAUUUAAAAAUUUACCUAGAAAUUGUACAUGUUGUAAAAUAUCAUUAAAUAAAAAUAAACAUAAUGCUAUGAAAUUAUUAUUACCAUCUAUUUUUGAACCUAAAAAUAUUGCAAAAUCAGAAUCUUCAUCUAUUAAAAAUUGGCUAGCUUGUCAUUAUGUUGUUAAUACACAUCCUAUACUUUUCUUAUUAAAUAAUAGUAUAUCCCUAACUAAUAAAGAAUCAAUUAAAAAUGGAUCUGAUAUAUUAUUUCGCCAAAUUAUUAUGUCUUUAAAAAUGUAUUAUCAAGAAAAAAAUGACACAUAUGCAUUUACAGAAUCACCAAUGAAUAUUGUAUCUUUUGAAGCAAUGUCAUCAAAUAGGAACAUUCAAAGUAUAAAAAUAAAUAAGGAUCAUACUCGAGUAAAAUUACAAGGUUCAUUUCCAUAUCAAAAUAGAGACGGUUUAAAUAAUCACAAAGUUGAUUCUGAUAGUAGGACUCAAAAAAAAAUUAACUUGGAAAAUAUUUUUAAUGACAUUGAUCAAGAUGCACCGUUAGGGAAUACAUAUAAUAAGGACAAUUUCGAAACAAGGGAAAAUAAAAGAACCGAAAAUAGGAGAACUGAUAAAAAUAUUAAAAGUAGUAAAUUGAGAGAUGAUGAAGAUGUAUAUGAGAGAAAUGAAAAUGAUAGAAAUGGAAAUGAUAGAAAUGAUAGAAAUGGAAAUGAUAGAAAUGAUAGAAAUGAUAGAAAUGAAAAUGAUAGAAAGUCUGGGGGAAAAAAUAAAACAAGAGGAAAACAAAAAAGAAAUAAAAGUAUUAGCACAAAUAAAAAUGGUGAUAUUGAAAGGGGAAAUGAAAAAUCUGUAGAAAAAAAUAAUUUGAUUGGUGAUGAUGGGGUAAUAAAGCCAUCGGAAAUAUUAGAAAAAGAUUCAAGAGGAAAGAAAAAUAGAUUAAGGGAAAAUCCAACAAAAUAUGAACAUUUAUAUAAAUAUUCAAAAGAUGAUAAAGAAACUGAAGUAAAUAAUAAAAAUGAUGUAAUUGGUACGUUAAAAACUUUUGGACAAUCAGAAAAAUAUAAAGACAAAAAAAUAGAUUCACGAGAAUUAAAUUAUCCAGAUAAAAUGCAACUUAAAGUAGAAGAAAAAGGAGAAAAAUCUAAAGAAAGCAUAACUGUUGAAGGAACAAAAUUUAAUAUUUGUAUUACUCCGUCUUUAUCAUAUAUACAAAAUAUGGAAGCAAAUAAAAAAGGAGAUAUAUCUAACGAAGCAUCUGUAAAUGAAGAGUAUAAUAAUAGUAAUAGUGGAAAGAAUAUAUCAGGAGAUGAAAGUAUAAAAAUAAGUGAUAAAUUUGGUGUAGAUGAAAUAACAAAAGAUGAAGAGGGUUAUUAUCCAAAUAUAGAAAAUUAUAAAAGUAUAACUGUUCAGAUAAAAGAUUAUACUAUUGAUGAUGUUUUAAAAAAAAAAUGUACAUCUGAUUCGUUGCACAAUUGUGAAAUAGGAAUAAAUGAAACGGAUGAAGAUAGAAAAUAUUAUUCUCAAUCGAAAGACAAUUUUUUAAACAUUGAUAUAUUGGAAAAUGAUAAAGAACAUGAACAAAAUGAAUUGAUGUUUAAUAAAGAUAAGAAAUUUGGUUCUUCCUUAUUUCUAAAGGAAAAUAAUAAUUCCCAAGAUAAAAACACAAUGGAAAAUAAUUUAUAUAAUUUGGAAAAAGAGAAUAAUAGUUUUGCAGUUGGGGGGGUAGGAGAUAUUAAUAAAAAUAAUGUAAUGUCUCAGAAAAUGCCUAUUUUAAAAAAAAAUGUUAAUGGAAAUGAUUUGGUAAAAAGUAGUAGACAAUUAAGAGGCUCAAUAAAUAAAAAUACAUAUAUUUAUAAUUCUCGUUUGUUAAAUGAUGAUUUGAAUAUAUUAGAAAGGAGUGAUAUAGGAAAUGCUAAAAGAUUAAAAGAAAAUAAAAAAACUCGUUUUUCAAAUUGUUUAUGUUUAAGAAAAAAUAAAAAAGAAAGAUUUAGUAAAAUAAAAAAAGAUAUAUCACUAGAAAUAGAUGAUCCAUUUGUUUCUAAUUUUAAAAGUCCUAUGCAAUUAAAUAUAAAUGGAAAUGAAUUUAUAACAAAAGAAAUGAUUGAAGUAUUUUUAAAGCCAGAUGAAACAGAUGAAUUUAUGAAAGAAUUUGAUUUAUCUGGUCAUGGAAAAAUUGAUAUAAUUAUGUUUAGAACUGCAAUAAAAAGAGCAAUAGCAUGUAGAAAAAAAUUUAUAAAAAGUUUAAAGGGAAAAGAAAGUAUAUUAAAAUUAGUUAGAAGAUUAAUGUCAAUAUUAAUGUCUUUUUUAGCAUCUGUUGUGUUGUUAUUUAUAUUUGGUGUUUCAGCUGAUACAAUUAUUGUUACAGGGGCAGCUUUUAUAACAGCCGUAACAGUUAUAUUAAGUUAUAUGUAUACAAGCUUUAUAACAUCAGUUAUAUUUAUAGCUUUUUCUAAUCCAUAUAAUAUAGGAGAUAGAAUAAGAUUAGAUGGAGGUGAAGCAAUGUAUAUUAAAAAAAUAAAAACAUAUACUACUGAAUUUGAAACAACAACAGGAAAAAUUGUUAUAUAUGAAAAUUCCAAAUUAAGUAAUGCAAAAAUAUAUAAUGAAAGUAGAUCAAAAAAUGCAUAUAUAGAUAUAUCAUUUAAAGUAGAUAUUAAUACACCAUUAUUAGUAUUAAAAGAAUUAAGAAAAAGUUUACAAUUUUUAGUUGAUAGUAGACCUAGUGAUUUUUGUAAAACCAAAAAUUUAUAUUUUGGAUAUUCAUUGCAACCUGGUCAUUUUUAUGAAAUAAGUUUUUGGAUUAAAUGUGUAGAAGGAUGGGGAAAUUGGAGAAAAGUAUUUGAAUUAAGAACAGAUAUAUAUGAUUUUAUAAUACUACAAUUAAGAUUAUUAAGUAUAUCCUAUAGAUUACCAACACAAAAAGUUGGUUUUACUGCUCCUUUAAAUGUUAUAACUAAUAAUAGCAAUAAUAACAAUACUAAUAGCAAUAUAAACAAUUCUAGAAAUAAACAAGGUAAUUAUUACACUUCCCCUCCAAAAGAUUCAAAACAAGCAGUAUUUGCUUCAGAAGCUAAACAUAGCCGAAUGUUUUUAUCAUCUUCCUUUGGAAAGGACAAUGAUGAUGAUGAUGAUAUAUAUGAUAAUAAUUUAUUUAGAGAAAAAGAAAAAUAUGAAAAUAUGUACAAUAAUAAUAAUACAUUUUUUUAUAACAAUAAUAGAAAUGUAUAUCCUAUUUGUGAUGAUAAUAUGUCCAUAUAUAUGAACAGCCAAAAUAAUAAUAUAACUUUGAAUGAAAAUAACAAUAUGGAUAUAUCUUCCUUGAAUAAAAAUGAAAAUGGGUUGGUGUAUAGAAAAACAAUUCAAAAUUUUAGAAAAAUUAAUCAGGAUUUAAGAAAUGAAUAUUUUGUUAAUUCGAAUAGAUUUGUUAAAACUCCAAUGAAUAACUUCCCAAAUAACUAUUCGACAUAUUAUGGUAAUUUUAAUAUGUAUACAGAAAAAUAUAAAAACGCAAAUUUAAUUGAUAGUGCGAAGAAAAUUUGUGACACAAAUGCUGAACUUAAUAUGAAGACAAGUUGCGUAAAUUGUUCAUCUCAGGAAAUGAAAUUAAAAAAUGCACAAACCGAUUGUUUGGAAAAUAUGGGGAAUAAUAAUAAUAACAAAGAUCGUGAUAGGAUAACAGAAUUAGAUAACGUUAUAGAUGGUAGACAAAAUGAUGUGGAUAAAUGCUCGAAUUUAAAAAAUGGAGAAUAUUGUAAUAUUGAAGAAAAAAAUAAAAUUAAAUUUAAUGGGCUAAACGAAAAUGAAUGCACACAAAAACCAUUUACUACAUGUAAUAAAUUUGGUGGCAUUACACAAGGAUGUUAUAUAAAUGAAUAUGACAAAUUUAAUAAUGGUUAUAUAGACAAUAAUGGAAACAAUAGAGAUAAUAACUAUUUUGGAGGAAUGGGGCCAAAGAGUCAAUAUGGUGAAGAAUAUACAGAACAAAUAAAUUGUAAUGAUAAUAAUUAUUUAUCUUAUGAUAGUUCUUCUGGUUAUGAUAGCUUUGAAUGUGUUAAACACUUUUCUAAUCUUCAUUACAGAAAUAUUGAAGAAAACAAUGAUAAACAAAUUAAAAAAUACACGACCAAAUAUAGUAUUAAUAAAAAAAACAAAUAA